AAUACAUUACUCAAGCAAUGCUUGUGGACUCAAUAUCGUUUAAAUCACAUUAAAAUGACUUCUUUGCUGGUUCCUCCGGAAUCAGUACGAGGAAUGACAUGUUUGGAUCGUUCAGCAUUUACAACUACUGUGAAGUUACCAUUUUUACGACUUGGACAGUUGAGGACCACCAUGGAGGUUCAUACUGCCAGUUUGAUUGUAAUAGGAGAUGAAAUUUUACGUGGACAAAUUAUUGAUACAAAUACAUCAUACCUAGCAAAAAGUUUACAAGCUGCUGGCAUUAAACUUAAGAGAGUCACCGUGAUACCUGAUGUUGUAGAUGGAAUUUCAAAGAUUGUCUGUGAUGCUUCCAAAGAGUAUUCUAUUGUCUUCACAUCUGGUGGUGUUGGACCUACACACGAUGAUGUAACAUACGAAGGUGUGGCCAAGGGUUUGGGAUUGAAACUUGAACAACAUGAAGAAUUGGUUGGUGUUCUUGCAGAUGUCUUUCCCAAUCAACCCGAACGCUAUCGUCUUGCUAUUGUACCGAGUCCUUGUGAACUUAUUUAUGUUCCGUUGCAGAGAAAGUAUGCAGUUAUAAAAGCGAAGAACGUGUAUGUGUUGCCAGGCUCACCAAAAUAUUUUGAGCCCGCUGUUGAUGUGAUAGUACCAAAAUUAAAACACGGUACUCCUGUUCACUUUGAGUACAUAGACGUUAAUUUAGACGAAUUAUCUAUCGUGGAAACAUUGGACGAACAUGCAAAACGUUGGAAAGAUAAAGUCCUCAUUGGUAGUUAUCCACAGACAGCACCAGAACCAUGUACGAGAAUCACAUUUGAAGGGGAAACAGAACACGUUUUAGAAGCAAAAGUUGAACUUCUGUAUUCUUUACCUGGUCAAAAGUUACAAACUCUAGAAAAUGGAUUUACUGAUUACCAUGCAAGAACUGUUAUAAAAGCAGCCGAUGAUGAAGCUCAUGUGAAGUCUGCUUUGGAUAUCUUGCAAGAAUGUUACAAAACGUAUAAACCGGAAGAUAUUUUUAUCAGUUUCAAUGGUGGUAAGGAUUGCACAGUGGUCUUACAUUUGGCCGCUGCUAUUGCAAAAUUACGAAACAUGCCGUCCUUGUUAUGUUUGUAUGUAACAGCUGAUUCAUUUCCAGAGGUGGAUUCUUUCGUCGAGAAAGCCGCUCAGUAUUAUAAUUUAGAAUUGAUAAGGAAGGAACGUCCUAUAAUUGCGGCGUUAAGUGCGCUGGUGGAGGAAAGGAAGAAUUUAAAAGCAAGCCUGAUGGGAAUGAGGAAGGGUGAUCCCGGUUCAGAGAACGUAAAGCCUUUCACGCAAACCGAUCCAGGUUGGCCGAAUAUAAUUCGUGUAAAUCCUAUUUUAAACUGGACGUACGAGCAAGUGUGGAGUUUUUUGCUGAAACACAACGUACCAUACUGCUCGUUGUACGAUCAAGGUUAUACAAGUUUAGGUUCGAAGUCCACUACGCUACCGAAUCCACGAUUGAAGAAUCCGAAUAAUUCUUCGUCCUACCUUCCGGCCUACACUUUGGUCGACGAGUCGACCGAAAGGCAAGGCAGAGUAUAAAUGAAAUGUCACAUUUAUUUCCAUGCGAUAAAAUUGUGUGAAAUGGCGUGAACCUUACCACGACUUGUCUGUGCUAUGCAACUUGAAAACGCUUUUACCAAAAAGACAAGAAAUAUAUUUUACAUCUCGUAUAAUUUAAAGUAUACGAUUGAAUGCACAAUUUACAAUACUUCACUAUAUAUUUUUACGAAUAAGCAACCGGAAAAUAAAUCACUUAAUUAUUUAAUUAAGCAGCACCUACUGGUUUAGGUAUUCAAUUUUGACUAUA